CCAACCAGAAAAGAAGGUAUUUAGAAAUUCUCAUUAAAGAAUUAGUUAUGAAAGCUCAAGAGAUUAAAAAUAUUAAAUGUUCAGGCUCCUUGACUCUACGAGAUUUAAGCCAAGAGGCUCCGACUUCACUUUCGGGACCGAAUUCAAAACGCGGAACGCCUGAUUCUGCAUUUCCCAUGAGUCCAAAAUGUGACACGCAAUCAGCAACUUCAUCUGGAAUGUACUUGAGGAAGUUACCGGAAAGACUGCAGAAGAUGCAGAAUGAAAAAUGUCCGGAACUGACGGUACAAAUGUUUUUCGAAUUUAUGCGAACUGCUUAUCAGGUGAACGACAGCUUCGAGGAAUUGGCGACGACUCUCACAGCCAACAGCGAGAUCGAUUGGAACAAAUUGGCCAAAAGCGAUUUGAACUCGCAAAUAGAGGCCGGCGACGCGACGCCCUUGAGUCCCAUAAACCAAACGGCAUCGGGAAACGAAGGUGCGGACAGAAGAAUUGAAACGGAAGUGUGUCCUGAGAUUUGCAAGCCGCCAGUACAUGAAAAUAAAUUACAAGAUCCUUCGUUACUCGCCUCUCAUACCAGAGUACGACGUGUAAAUGCAAGAAAAGAGCAUAUUCAAAAACCAGGAAGCACUGCAGUCACUUUCGCUCAGUCGUUAUUGGCAGUUGCACAAGGAGACACUUCAGAUACUCCGCAUGACGGGCAAAAGUUGGUAGCAAGGAAAGAUGAUAAAGAUAAAGAUCAAGAGAGUCGCGAGCGUUCUCAAGAAGCUACAGGCACAGAGCUCACGACGAAGAAAGGAAAGACAGCAAUGGCCGUAUCCGUGUCCGACAGUAAGGAGCAUUUAUUGGCGAAAAUAAUGAAGAAGAAGCUGAGUGACAUCCUGCACGAGGGUCUUUUAGAUUCCGUAUUACCGUAUAUGCUACCAAAGACUGUCGUUUCUCAGCCAAUCAUUAAAAAAUCCAUGGUGAACGUGGAAGUAAAGAAAACUGCUUCUUCCGGUGUAAUCCUCGAGAGCAAGACGGCCUCCGUACCCUUUAGUAAAGAUAAAGAGAAAAAUAAGCAUUUAAAAAGAUCUUUUGAAAACGAAGUGGAAAUUCAUGUCUGCGACGAGGCCAAAAGCAUAAAGAAAGACUUCCGGUGUCCUCAGAAAUUGCUGGUCCAGAAGAUGUGUUAUUUCGCCGAUGUGACCGCCGGUCAAAAGUUGGAGGAGAUGGACAUUUCCGUUCAUUGUGACAUCGUGAUCUUUGAUUGGCUUAUGCGCUGGGUCAAAAAGGAUAUUAUUAAAAAAUCAGAGUGGCCGAUUUUGGAAGCCAGUAACGUCAUUCCAAUAAUGGUGUCUGCCUCGUUUUUACAAAUGGAACCGCUCCUGGAGAACUGUCUUAUAUUCUGUCACGACAAUAUGACUGAAGUAUUGAAAACCUCUGCAAUCUUAACUUGUCUAAAUGAUAAUCUUCUUACUAGAUUAGCUUCUUUAUUCAGUAAUGUCGAAGUAGAAGCGAUAAAGGAUAAGAAGGAUAAGAUCCAGAGUCGAUUAUUUUGCAAAUUAAUUAUAUCACUAGUGGAUUCGAGUCCGGAUAACAAAAGAGGCCAUUACAGCUCCUUGUCGACACUUAUAAAAUGCGGCAAAUGUGGUGAAACCGUUAUUAAAUCAGCUUCAGAUUCUGUACCUUGUGUCCCAAGUGCAAUGAGUAUCGACAGCAAAGGGGAACUUCACAGCAUGCACACAAGGGACUCGACGUGGACGUUAAACGACUAUAUCGUCUCUCUGCGAGGAGAAUUGCGUUCUUGGCGGAAAGUCUACUGGCGAUUAUGGGCAGACUGUCAUUUUUUGUUGUGUCGUCAGUGCGGGACUUAUUUUCCAAUUCAUCAGUUCGAUUGGUGCUGCUACCAUCCGGAAGUUCCACAAUUCUUUGUCAAUGAGCAACAGAGAUCAACGCCGUUUCCGCUUGGAAGAUAUCCCUGCUGCAGUCAACGAGCAUAUAGAUUCGAGACAUUGCCCAACAAAGAAGGAUGUAGAUUCCGGGAACACGUACCGGUAGUCUCAACCGAUAAGGAAGUUAGCAUUAUGAGCAUCUUCGCUGGAUAUAGAGAUGUUAUUUCAUUGGAGCCUCCUCAAUUGUUUUUCCCAGAAAAAAUAACACGAUUGGUAGCGAGAGAUCCUUCUCUUCAGCCGGGUAAAUUGGCUUGCAAGGAGCCCAUGUGGUGGGAUGGGAUAGAACUGGUACCGUCCAGACCUAGGCUGGGGCUAUUGGGGAGAAUUUGGGGAGGAUCUGGAGUCAAGCAGCCUUCUCAAGUUUCAGAUUCCUUGAAACCAUCGCGAAAGUCGCGCCCGUUAAAUUCUCAGGUGGCAGAUGCUUCUUUGCCAAAUUCUUCUCUUGCUGGUAGCGAAGAAGACGACGGAGUAACAGCAUGCGGCGAUAGUAGCGCCGAUGAGGAAUCUUAUAACAGCGAAGAAUCUCGUGCAUGGUCGCCUUUCAAACAAUAUACAAAGUUCAAACGAAAAGCCAGAUAUUAUGCCGGGAAUAAAAGAAGCGAUAGCGUAAGAUCCUGGAGUGCCAAUUUAACAGUUCGGUACAACCAGGACAAUCAGAGGGACUUUGAAGAGAGGGCUUCGGCGCAGAUGAUAUCGUUGCUCACGAAGAGGACCUCCAUCGAAUGUGGACUGCUGCCAAAGAUAAAUUCGCACGGCAAGCAUCACGUCAAUUCGUGGAAUUAUGCACAGCCACUCGGUGGGACGUACGUCAAGUUGGAAGCUGAGUUCCGAGAGCAGUUGGUUCAGUCGUACAAAUUUAGAAAUUCAUCUCAAACCAAGUGGUCAGGGCGUGUCAAAUCAUCGAAAAUAUUCUAACGUACUUGAUGAGUCCAAUGGUCUGAAUACUAUUCGACGCGUACCUCGAUGUUGAUUAAUGGCUAAGCACAUGCUCACUGAAUGACUUCUUUAACAGAAAUGCACAGUUCGAAACUGUCU